UUAAAUAUGGCGCUUUUUUUGUACUUCAAUAAAUAUGAGAUCUUUAAUUUGUAAUCAUAUUUGAUCUAUGGAUGUACGCAUUUAUUAUUUCUUCGCACAGUAUUUGAAAUCAUUUUCCGAGCUUAAAUUGUGAUAAGCAUGCUUGCCGCGCAGUCUUUUCUUUUCUUGAAUCAGUCCUGCAGCGCCAGGUCAAUGUGUUGAUAAACAUUUCACGAUGCAACCAUGUGAACAGAUAAUGGUUUGGUCCUGGGAAUAAAACGUGCGCGAACGUUCUCUAGGUAACCAAAACGAGUGAGUUAAAUGUUACAACGAAUAUCGAAACGUAAAUUUACUUAGCAAUCUACAUUUAAAUAUUUAAUAUGUCGAAGUUUUUGGCACCUUUUGAACUUACUCUUGCUAUUAUCAAACCCGAUGUCUGCAGAAAUCCGUGCAGUCUGCAAUUGAUAAGACAGAUUAUUUUGGAGAAUAAUUUCUACUUCGUCGAUACCAGAAUCACACGACUCAACAAACUUGAAGCUGAGAAGUUUUAUGUUGAGCACAAAAAUAAAUUUUUCUUCAAUCGACUUGUGACAUUUAUGUCAAGUGGUUUAAUGUCUGUACAUAUUUUGGGAAGAGAAAAUUCUAUUAAAGCUUGGCGAGAGCUUAUGGGUCCAACACAUGUUUAUAAGGCACAAUAUGAAGCACCUAACUCACUGAGAGCUCGUUUUGGGCUUACUGAUACUAGGAAUGCUACUCAUGGUUCAGAUUCUCCUGAUACUGCAAGACGAGAAAUAUCAUUCUUUUUCCCAGAUUUCAACAUGGAUGAUUUUUACAAGUAUCAUGAAGAAGCUUUUCGUAAUAAUGAAGUGGUUUUUGAUCCUGAAAGAUGGGUUCAUAAGAUUAAAGAUGCUAAAGCUCAGAAAAUAUAAAAUAAUAUGUUCACUUAUUUCUUUAAAUGAUAGUCAGAUUUUUAAUAUUUUCAUUUCAGCUUUUAAUUUCUUCUCAAGUGUUAGAUUAUUGUAGGACUUGGCAACUUUUAUUUUAGCUAAAGAAGAUGGUUUUAAAAUGUUCAUGUUUGUUAACUGUAAAUUAGUAUUGGUAAUUAAUGCUUGGUGUACAAGAAAGUAUGCAUUGGAAUAUAAAAAAACAAGGCCUGUUUCUUAAUUAGAUUCUUAAGUGCUUGAAAAUAAAAAUAUGAAUUCAGAAAAAUGUCUUAAUAUACUCAAAAAUUAGCUGUGUAAGGCAUUUCUACAUGCAAAUGCCCUUACGUCACAAAUGUGUACUGUAUAACACUGAGCCAGCCAUCAGGUGACAGAUCAGAAACUAAACUGUCAUAUUCUAACUGCUUUGCAAACUACUUCAAUAAUAUUGCCAUUCAUCAGAGAUUUUUUUCCUAGUGUUCUAUAUCAUGGAUAUCUCUUUUUAUAUCUUGAAACAUUUAACCUCAUUUAUGAAUAGCAUUAUCACGUCUAUUUGAUAGAUAUCACACUAUCUGCAAUGAAUUUUAACUGCAUUCACCCCUUCAGUUAGAAUAAAUUAAUUACAAAGCAAUUAUAGCACUUGGCAGGAGUGCCAGUUUUAUAUUCAUAUGCCUGCUACUUAAAUGUAAUAAAUUAAAUCAAAAAUUGCUGGGCUCAUAAUAUUUCAUAGUAUGUAUCUAACUUUUGUAUAUAUUACACUUCUUUUCAUUCUUUUUUUUAUUUUUCAUGUCUUUUGGAAUUUAAUUAAAAAACAGCCUUUACAUUUACCUUGGAUUGACAUGGAAACAAAGCUAUUCACUUCCGUCCUAGAAAUGAAUUAAAAAAAAUCAUUACUAAGUUAAAAAUUUAUUAUUUAUCAUAUUUUUUCUAAAAGUGUUUUUCUGCAUUUCCUUUAUAUAUAAAAUAAUUUUAAAAGUGAGACUUUUUACUACCUGUUUAACUAUUAAGGACUUCCAUCUAAAUCCUUAUGCACAUUUUUAAGUUUUUGAUUUAUGUGUAGUUGUGCUUUUAGAAUUGCAUUGUAAAUUUAGUUUUAUUAUAUUCUGUUUGUGUCUUUUGCUUUUUCAAAAAAUUUUUACUAUUAAGUUUUUUAUUUGUAGUAAAAGAUCUGAAAAAGUACUGAGUUGUAUAUGUAAAUGAUAUGUAUAUUUGAUUUUGGUUUAUCUCAAAUCACAAGAAAAUCUAUUAUGGCUUUAUAUUUUGGUUUCUUUCCUAUUUCUUAAAAUAGGGUUAUACAUAAAGUGAAAUUUAUUUUUAAUUUUAAAACCCCAAUGAAAGGUUCAGUCAAACUUUCAUUUGUGCUAAAAUAUUUGCCCUGUAACUGAUAGUUUGUAAAGAGUUGUAUAUAAUGUUAUGGAGAAUGUAUUUGUAGGAUUAAACAGAAGAAGUUCCUAUUUGUAUACUAGUUUUAUGAUUUCCAAAACAUGUGUGUUUUCAUUUUUAUUUAUUAUUUUUAUUUCAAUAUAUAUAUAUAUGUAUGUAUGUGUAUGAGCUUCUUUGAUUUGCUAGUUUGACUUAUUUUUAGUAUCUGCAUUCAUAAGUAUUUCAGUCUCUGAUGAUGUACUAUAUUUGAUUUUAUUUUUCAUUCAUGUUGAGUAUAUUUAAUUCAUUUUCAUAUGACACUUUGUUGACAAGUUUAUGUAGGUACUUAAUGUUUGAAAAUAAAAUUUUUGCUUCAUUAUCUUU